GGUUUAGAGUAGAGCUGGAGCUCUUUGAGGAAAAGAGAGAAAGAGAGAGACCUUUUCUUGCGUUCCUUUUUUUUAAACCAGAGAGUCGCUCCUUCAUUAAGUCAGGAUGAAUGUCGUGCAGCUGGUGGCUUGUGGACUAAUCAUGAGUCUUGUGUUGGUCAGAACAGAGGCGAGACCCACAACACCGAGCCAGCAUAAGGCUCUGGAGGCUCUGCUUGGAGAAGAGUUGGCAGAUUUUCUGGCUUCAGGUGAACGCAGGAUGCGGCUUCUGAGGGAACUCCGCACGGACACUCGCGCCAAGGGCAUGUGGGCACGCUUUGUAAAUGACCAGAAUGGUGCACGGAAGCACAAAGCUGGUACAAAGAAAGGAGGAAGCACCACCAGGAGCGGCUGCUUCGGACACAAGAUGGACAGAAUAGGCACCAUCAGCGGCAUGGGCUGCCAACCGUCGUAUUACCCGUCCACAAAUAACCUCUCCUGAGUAUCGGCAGGAUGAUGAGAGGUUUCGGACAAUGUUGACUUUCUCCUUUUGAGGAAAAGCCUUAAAAAAUGAUUCGGGAAAACAACAAAAAGAGCCAGAUUGUCGGUACGGAAAUCUCCCAAGAUCGAGCGCUAUGGGAAACAAAUGUAAUCAUCAAAAAUGUAAAAAAAAGAAAAAAAGAAAAAUAUCCACGCAUCAUCAGUGACAUCACAAGAUGGUGGACGACUGUGUAAAAAAAAUGCGCGAAGCUGUAUAUUGUCGCUGCUGCUGUACAUUCAUGUACUUCAUUCCUGCAUAAAAUGUAUUUAUGUUUUAAAAAAAAACUAUUUAUAUGUUUAUAAAAAAGAGAUAUUUAUAAAUGAAUUUUAUUUAUGUAACAUUUUCAAAUGAAUGCAAACUGCAGGCCAAUUCUGUUUGUAACUUUUG